AGCAGGAAUAGAGACAAGGUGAAUUACCAGUUAAAUGUAGCAUUUACACGUUUUGGGCGCGUAUUUUGAAAAGCCAUUUUAAUUAGGCGCGCUGCAUGUCGCAGAGAUGGCCGCCGAAAAUUAUCACCUCAAGUGGGACUCGCACCUGUCCUAUCUGAACUCUUCCAUUGCCACGCUUUACAAAAACGAGAAGUUUGCCGAUGUGGUUCUGUACAGCUCCUACAAUAGCAGCGGAAUCCCUUCGGAUAUACCCACAGUGGGAAUCUCGGCCCAUAAGUUCAUCCUUAGUGCUUCAUCUCAGUUUUUCGCCACAAUGUUCGAAACGGCACCUAUAACUAACCCUAACGGAGUACUCUAUGUGGUUCUCCCGCCGGAGCUAAGCCACCGGGCUAUCCAGAUCCUCGUUCAGUACAUGUACAGCGGUGAGGCUACCGUGUCCAACGACAUACUAAACGAGGUCUUGCGCGGCGGAGAGAUCCUCAAGAUCCGCGGUUUGUGUCGCACCAGCUCUUCCAAUGGUGGUGGCUCUAGCUCCGUUGUGACCACAUCACACCAUCCACAUCCGCUUGGCGGGCAUCUGCAUCCGCGGGAAACGAGUGCCAUGUACAUAUCAAAUGGCACCCGUUCUGCCUUGCCACCUCCGCCGCCGCCGUCAACCAUGUCGGCCCAAAUUCAGGGAGAUCUCUAUGCCAGCAAGCCGGGAGGAUCCACACGAUUUCCACUUGACCACCAUCACCUGUCGUCACAUCACAGCCACCUUAACCACCACCCUCAGCAGCAACAAUUCCGCGGCCUUGGGGUAUCUGUGAUGCCGAAGGAUUCUCCCGUGAUCAUCAAAUCCCCCAAGUUGGCCGCCCACACAGGACUACUUACCGUUGCUAGUAGCAGCAAACUUGGAAUUUCAGUUAACAAAGAGGUGGCCAUUGAUCCGGAGGAGAAGUGCUGCUAUGCAGCACCCGGGCAGGUGGAACCUCAAUCUCAUCCACCACCACCAACCUCAACGACAACGACCGGCGUCGGCGGGGGAGGAGGAGUAACUGGUGCCCCACCAUCCCAGCCCAUUUCAAUUUGCACAGAGGUCGGUUGUAGCAGUUGCCCCAUGGCUGCCGGACCAAGUGCUGAUCAAGCAGACAGUACGCUGCGAAGGACAGAGUACGAGGAGCAGGCUCUUCGCGAGCGGAACGAGGUAGGACUGGUCUUUGAACGACGCCUUAGGAGGGAGAGCGCCUGUGAAAGAUCUCAUGACUACUAUGAAGCACCCCACUUUGAGCACGUUGUGGCAUCCCGCUUGGCUGUCACACCACCGUCACAGCAGCAGGCAUCUCAUCAGCCGACACUUCGACAUCCGCACAACUUCCUUACCAUCAAGCAAGAGCCGAACGACUGGAGCAACAACCCACCAAAUGCCUCCAAUGCGUCCAACAACAACAACAUAGAGGAGGGGCCAUUGGGUUCGCCCAAACAGCCACUGGACUUUAAGAUGUCUGCCGUUAAGUUGGAGGUCAAUAGAGAUCGAGGAACACCAUCCGAAGAAAAUGAGGAGCAUACUCUGCGCGACUACAACAACUUCAAGCAGGUGCUGAUCUGCGAGAUAUGCCAGAAGUCCUUCGAUGACACCAAGAUGCUUGUACGUCAUUUGGGUACACAUGCUGGAGAUCCGGCGGGCGGCACGGAGAGGAACCUACUGCCAUCCAGUGCCAGUGGGAGUACUGCUACAGCUCCCAGUAAUCUUGCCCUGCGAACAGUCAAAACCUAUGUGCCAAAGAAACGACGCCGAGUUUCGCAACAGGAGAACAAUAUGGAUCACGAUCACGUUACCCUGCUCUGCGAUUUGUGCUCCACAUCCUUUGACACGCCCGCGGAGUGGGUACGCCAUAUGAACAGCCAGCACACGGAGAUCGAGUUGGCCAUGUUCAACAGCAAGAAGGAUGGCGAGCAGAAGGGCCAGAAGCAACAGUCGGCGACCAGCAGCUCUUCCACAGUGUCCACCAGCCAAAUACAGUCAAAGUAUUCCAGCUCCAGCGCCACGCGAUCAACGCAGUCGUCCCUCAUUCUGCACAAGAUGAGCAACAUCGAUGCAGUGGCAUCUGCAGCCACAUCCACAUCUCCUAGAGCAUCCACCUCACCGAAUGCCUAAGGCCAUCCAUCCAAAUCCCAACAGGGACCCAUGGGUUAAGAUACUAAAGCCGUCAUAAAAUCAAAUGAAUGAAAUCAAGUCCAUGGGCUCAACGGAUACAGCCAGAUCAAAACACUACUUUGUUCGAUAAAUUCAAGUCGUUCCAGUAAUCAAAAGAGGGAUGUUUAUAAUGCAACAGCAAGAACCGUGAUCAAAAUGCAAAAACUUUGCAUAUUUUAUAGAGCAACAAACAAAAUACAAAAUCGGAAAAAAAAAUUUAACGAAACUUUAAACGAAACAUAGAAUCGGAAUCGUCAGGCAACGAUGGAAAACAACAAAAGAAAUUUGAAAUCGAAAAUGAAAAAAAGUUUAACUCGAGUGUGUAGAAUUUUUUUAAGUGUACGUAAUUAAUUAGUUUUAGCUACUUACUCCCCAUGUAAUUAUUGUAACAACAACGCGCAAUUGAUAAGCAAAGAGAUGACUAUACAAGUUAAUCAUUGGAAAUGUACGAGUAAAUUUGAAUUUGAAUCAGCGGACAUGGUCAAAAGAAAAACCUUACUUAAAUUAAACUCUCAUUUUGAUUUAUUUUCCAAAGGAUUAGAACGAUAACAUUCUAUUUGUAGGACCAACAGUACGCGAGUAGAGCAGCGAAUAUAAUAUUCUUUAUUACUUGCUCUUGCUUUAUUUUUAAAAUGUAAUAACUGAUAACUAUUUUGUAUGACGCUAUCGCGGAUUUAUGAUGUCAGCAACUCUGUUGUAUAUGUACUUGUACUUUUUAAAUAUUUUUGUAAGGAUUCAACCGAAAUUUCGAGAACUUUUUUGUAUAAUAGAAUAAGUUUUAUUUUAAAAGUCCGCCGAUCGAAACUUUUUGUGAAAAGUUCAUAAACUUAAAUCUCUUAAUGUAUGUGUGUAGUAGUUGGAAGUUCAAUUAAAAACAAAUUCCCCCCAACCAUGUAAAAAUCUAAUAUAUAUACCAAAUAUAUUUACAAACAGGCGUGAUUAUUAACAAACUAAGUAGAUGUAUAAACAAAGCAGGAAGAAAACUGUUUCUUCCCCCAAAACAAAUCGCAAAUGUAGCAAAACGUUUUAAAUUUAAAUAAACGACUACGAUGAGAAAUCGUUUUUAAA